GCUUUGAACCUUUUCCGAAUACAACACUUUGUAGGUUUUUGCAACUCUUUGCUAAUUGCCGCAACAUUUUGCUGGAUAUCGCGCAAUUUGAUAAAUUCAAAUGCCUCAGAGAUAGACCUAGUCUCGACUUCGCCAUAAGUUGAAAAGACUUAUCGUCCAAAUUACGCGAAAGUUUUUCCAGGUUAACAGAACGCCAUAUGCUUGAAUCAUACGUUACUCGCUUCCAUUUUCGACAAACUCUUGAAGCUCUUGCCAAAUCUGUAAUACUCAGAUGCUUGAAAAUCCGAAGUAUUAAACUAUCAGGUAUUUCAUUCAUGGGGAAAAAUGCAGAUUUCUGCGGUCGCAUAAAAUAUCUUUCCUUUGUAACGUACAUGCACUUUCCUUUUGCCUGCAAAAAGAAUCAAAACGCAAAUUAAACGGCAAUUGUUACGCCAAAUGCUUUUGUCGCGUCAGCUGCACACGCAAUUAAAUUUUUGAAAAAAUCACGCGUACAUGUAAAUUCGUAAAUUCCUGAAGCGACUGUCCUGCAUAUAUACGCUGGUACAAUAGAAGCGUAUUUUGUUUUGAGUUUUGUGUUAUUCAUAGAAGAUUCCCCAGAAAAAUACAGCCAAAUAUAUUUCAAGGGUAAUUAUGUUUUAUAAAUAAAAGAACAGUUACUUUUUUACAUAAAAUGCGCUUAUUAACGGAAAGGUUACAAUCUCCGGUGUUCAUGUCAGACUACGGCGGGGAAGAUUAAAAUGGCGGUUUCGAGAAACAAAACACGAAAGUCACAAAAAGAUGCAUGGGAGUGGAUUAAUAGCGUCCAUCCAGAUGAAAUUGGUCUUGAACACUUGGAGAGAGCAUAUAGGAUUCAUUCCACCUGCAGUGAUAAAAAUACACAUCGGUCAAAUUGCAAAUCCAAUCCAAAUUGUUUUAAUUGUCUUGGGGAACGAUUUUGGUUGAAGGAAAUCAAAGAUGAUACCUGGUGUAAUGGCAUUGUUGACCCACAUGAGCAUAGACGAGUUGAGGGAAUGUUUGUUGGUCUGAAGAAUUUAGGUGCAACAUGCUACGUAAAUACAUUAGUGCAGCUGUGGUUUCACAAUGAGGAAUUCAGGUCCGCACUCUAUUCUUGGAUUCCUUUUGAAUUCAAUGUAGGAUUGAGUCAAAGAGAAGAUGACCAAGUCAUUGCUAUGGAAACCAAUGAUAAAACUGAAAGCACGCAGUUAAAAUGCGAUGUGAAAGUUGACAUCAAAACAGAGAAUAAAAAGUGUGAUGAUAAUGAAUGUGGAGCUACUGAUAUUGUGUGUCCUCCGAUUCCUCUUUGCAAGCCAUGGGAAAACAGUAAGAAACCGCAAUCUUUCUGUCAGCAUUUGCAGCUAUUACUAGCGCAACUUCAGUACACUGCAAGGAGAUUUGUUGAUCCCGCGCCGUUUGUUGAGUCUUUGGGACUGAACACUGAGUUACAGCAGGACGCGCAAGAAUUUUCCAAGCUGUUCAUGUCUUUACUUGAAGAUACUUUGUCACAACAACCUAAUCCGCUGGUUAGAAACAUUGUUCAACAACAGUUUGGAGGAUCUUAUUCCUACAUCACAAGAUGCUGCCAAUGUGGUCGGCAGUCGCAGAGGAGCUCGAGAUUUUACGAACUUGAUUUGAACAUCCAGGGAAACACAAAUUUAGCGCAAUGCAUACGUGAAUUUCUCAAGGAAGAGAAUCUAGAUGGCGAUAAUCAAUAUUAUUGCAGUCACUGCAUGAAUAAACAAGAUGCCACGAGAUACAUUAAAUUACAAGCUCCUCCAGUUCUCAACCUUCAACUGUUACGAUUCGUUUAUGAUCGGAAGUCUGGAUGUAAGAAGAAAUUAAAUACUGUAAUUUGGUUCCCCGAAGUUCUCGACAUGAAAGAAUACGUUGAUGCAAAGAUUGAAGGCCGUGUAUACGAUCUAACCGCUGUCCUUAUUCAUCGCGGUCUCAGCGCAUACUCAGGUCACUACAUUGCCCAUAUAAAGGAUAAAAAGAGCGGAGACUGGUAUCGCUUCAACGAUGAAUUGACGGAAAAAAUGAAAGGAAGGUCGCUAAAUUUGGACUCCGAGGAAGACCUACAUGACACAAUUAACGGUUGCGUGAAUGCGAAAAAACCGAAAUUGUCAAAAGCAGGAUCGUCUUCUAAAGAUGCGUACAUGCUGGUCUAUCGUCAACGUGGCGAAGAGAAGCAAGCCAUUGCACAAGAACCUCCCGCUGAUAUACAAAUGCUUGUCGCUGAGGACAACAGCAAGAUUGAGGAAUGGAUCAAGGAUGUCAAAGAUAUACGAGAUCGAAGGAUUUGCUUUGGAAAAAGUAAACAAGCGGAAGUUCAAAAUGUUUUAAAGAUGUUACCUGUAAAAGAAGGGGAAAAGAAUUAUGAUUGGAUAUCUAGCGAUUGGUUGAGGACAUGGCUUUCAAAUGAUCAAAAACAACAACUGGGUUGUAUCGAUAACAAUUCACUUCUUUGUCAACAUGGCAAAUUACAUCCAGACAAAGUGCUUUGUGCAAAAAGAAUUUCUACAAAUGCGGCAUCCUUUCUUUUCAAAGCUCAUAACGGAUCUCCUAGAUUAAACAGUGAUUCCUUUUGUUUGAAAUGUGUGCGAGAACGAUGUCGAAGUUUGCAAUUCUCAUCACGCAUGUGCAAAGAUCAAAAGUUCUUUGGGAAGGCUCUCAAGGCGGCUUGUGAAGAACGUGGGUUUUGGGUAAGUCGAAAAUCCCUACAAAAAUGGAAAGUUUUAGCUCAAAAUUGUAACGGAAACUUAACCACAAGUGACUUAACUCGACCACACGAUAUGUCGACGAGUGACUUACGAACGCCUGCAGAAGAAACCGAAAUGAAAUUGACGACAGGUUUUGAUGCAUGUAAAAGAUCACAAGCUAGCACUUACGAUGGUAAUUCCACGGUGGCUGAUAUGGAUACGGAAUGUAAAAGUGGGGUAUCUCGAUUAGACGUGGGAUCAAGUGGGGUAUCUCGAUUAGACGUGGGAUCAAGUGGGGUAUCUCGAUUAGACGGGGAUCAGGGAGAUGCAAAGAUAGGGAAAAGUAAUGAAGAUAUUUUAUGCGAGCACGGUAAUCUAUCCACUUUAACGGCUUCAAGGCGACUCGUGAGCGAGGAAGUAUGGGAGAGACUUCGCUUUUAUUUUUCGAAUUCGCCAGAGUUCAGUUGGGACCAAACCGUCUGCAGUAUUUGUAGUUAUCGUGAUAAAGAGGUAGAAAAGAGAUUGGAAGAUCUUAAGCAGUUGGCUUCACAGCAAAGAUCUCUCUUGGGAGAUUUGUUUAACGAAAAAGAGAGACCAGAUUUUAAGGCGAAGGAAUCUGUUACUGCGUUUGCUUUGUCGAGGAAUUUUUAUGAUAAUUGGAAGAGAUUUAUUCGAUCAAUGUCGUCACGUCGUGUUCGUCCCUCGUGUAUCACGAACAAAAUCUUAAUGUGUCCUCACGAAAGAUUUCUCUAUCAUCCACAAUGUAAUGAUGUCGAUGGUGCGUCUUCUGCACUUGUUUAUCUCUGGACUGUUGAAUGGGAAGUUUUGAGUCAGGCAUUUGGUUAUGAUAUUGAGAUUAAACUCGUUCAAAAUAUAUUUGAAGGUCAAUCUUUGUACACCAUCACUCCAGACUGUUGUGCGGAAUGCAACGCGUCGUUGAUUGCGGAGAAUUCCUGCGAUAAUGAAGUGUAUGAAUAUGCCAAAAUUUACGUGAGGAAGAUAACAAAAGAUCACAGUGAGGAGGAUAUUCAAAAUAUUCUCGAGAAUCACAAUCCAAUAGAGAAUAAUCAUGAAGAUUGCGAGCAGAUUCCCAGUUCAUAUCAGAAUGGAAAUACGUCGUCGAAAGAUUACCGGAGACGGAGCUCAAGACAUCGUAAGCAACGUGGUGAAGUUAUGAUUAUGGUUGAUUCAUCAGAAACUGUACGUGAUGUUAAACUGGAGUUAAUGAAACAAUUUUCCGCGAUGCCUUUGGAUCAACAUCUCAGCAUGAAUGGAAGAAUGCUGGAGGAUGAUAUGACCUUAGGUGUAGCUGGAGUGAGACCAGGGAGUAUCCUAUUAUUAAAGGUUGAUGAACCAGAGGAAGGAAGAGCGCAGGAGGAAAUUGCACGAGUGUCAAGAGAACCUGAACAAGGUUUCAAAGGGACAAGCUUGUUGAAUCAACAGCUGGCAAUUUAGUGGUGUUUCCAUUUCAAACCUAAUUUCAUCUAUGAUGAUGAAAAAAUAAUGCAUAUAAUGGAUUAACUGUAUUAAUAGGAUUAAUAUAUUAUAUAAUGGUUAACACACUGCAAUUUCUAAUAAUCAAGACGCUGAAAUGUGUGUAUAUUGUUGUAGUUAGUUCGUGCGCUGUACGGUAUUUAUUCAUUGUAUGAUAAUGCUUCAUCGAGAAUUAUUAAUUGUUGAAUUUAUCAA